CUUCGGUUGAGUUGGUACUAUUGAAACAGAAACCUUACGGCAGAUGUAGGUAGUAGCAUGAGCAGUGAGGAUUUUCCAGGAUGAAUAUUUGUCAGAAUAGCAAACGACAUGUGAUUUGAAAAAGCCUGGCGCUGCUGCCACAUGAAGAGUCUGCAUGGAUCUCAGUUUGUGUGGUGAAACUCUGCAGUAGCCUCAGACCAAGUCCAGACUGAAACCAGUUUAAGAUGUUUCCCCCAUCUGACAAAAUGAAGUCCACAUCCCAUCUGCUGCUGCUGCUGCUGCUGCUGCUGCUGCUUUUGGGGCCAAGCUGCGUCUCUCCUCUGCAAAACAGCAAGCCCAAUUUUGUCCUGAUGAUGGUGGAUGACCUGGGAAUUGGGGACCUGGGCUGCUACGGCAACACAACCUUGAGGACCCCCAAUAUCGACCGCUUGGCCCAGGACGGGGUGAGGCUGACACACCACAUCGCCGCGGCGCCCCUCUGCACGCCCAGCAGGGCGGCCUUCCUCACCGGACGCUACCCGAUACGAUCAGGCAUGGUCGGUCAUGGAACAGUUGGCGUCUUCAUAGUCUCUGCAGCAUCUGGAGGUCUUCCCAGCCAAGAGCUUACCUUUGCCAAGAUUGCCAAACAACAGGGCUAUGAGACCGCUCUUAUAGGAAAAUGGCACCUUGGACUUAACUGUGAGAGCAGUGAUGAUCAUUGCCACCACCCAAGCACCCAUGGUUUUGACCACUUCUAUGGUAUCUCAAUGACCAACAUGCGGGACUGCCAGCAGGGCCAAGGCACAGUGUUCCAGAUAUACAAAUACGUACCAUACAGAACACUGGGCAUUGGCCUGGUCACUGUGGCCUUACUCCAUUCCUGGGGUGUGGUCACCAUUCGCAGAAGGCUGAUUCUUAACCUGGUUUUGCUGCUGUCCGUGGCCGCGGCUCUUUUUAAAGCGUUUGUCAAAACUUACCCCAACUUCAACUGUGUACUCCUGAGGAACCACAGUGUGGUGGAGCAGCCAUUCGUCUCUGAAAACCUAACGCAGCGGAUGACUCGUGAAGCGGUGGACUUCUUAGAAAGGAACUCAGCGAGGCCGUUCCUGCUCUUCUUCUCCUUCGUCCAGGUGCACACGGCCCUGUUUGCUUCUGCACCGUUUAGAGGGACAAGCCGCCACGGUAUCUAUGGCGAUGCCGUUCAUGAGGUGGACUGGAGUGUAGGUCAGAUCAUGCAGACUUUGGACAGGCUGCAGCUGAGAGAAAACACACUGGUCUACCUGACCUCAGACCAGGGGGCUCACCUGGAGGAAGUCUCUGCCAGAGGGGAGGUGCAUCACGGAUGGAACGGAAUAUAUAAAGCAGGGAAGUCAACAAAUUGGGAGGGAGGGAUCCGGGUGCCUGGAAUUCUCAGUUGGCCCGGGGAACUCCCCGGUGGCAGCCUUGUAGACGAACCCACCAGCAACAUGGACGUGUUUCCCACUGUGGUGCAGCUAACCGGAGCAGAACUCCCACAGGACAGAGAGAUAGACGGCCGUGACCUCAUGGCCUUGCUUCAAGGUCAAGUCAAGAGGUCAAAUCAUGAGUUCCUCUUCCAUUAUUGCAACGCCUACUUGAAUGCUGUCAGAUGGCACCCGCAAAACAGUACUGCUGUGUGGAAAGCGUUUUACUUCACCCCCAACUUCUACCCAGAGAACGAGACGGCCUGCUUUCACACGCACGUGUGCUUUUGCACGCAGAGCUACGUUACCUACCACGACCCGCCGCUGCUCUUUGACCUCACCAGGGACCCCUCAGAGACCACGCCGCUGAGUCCCGCCACCGAGCCGGCCUUCCACGCCAUCCUGGCGGUGAUGCAAGAGGCGGUGGAGCGGCACCAGAGCUCACUGGAGCCUGUGGAGAGCCAGAUGUCCGUAGGGAAUUUAUUGUGGAAGCCUUGGCUGCAGCCCUGCUGCUCCUCUCUGGCCCAGCUCUGCAGCUGCCAGGAGGACGACCAGGGCAGCCUUGGGGCCGCUACAGAGGAAGAGCUCAGGGCUUAACCAUCGCUGACUUUAUCCAAACAUUUGCAAUUUGUAUGCAGAUACAUCCAGACUGUGUCUUCAUUUGAAACACCUGGCUCACACCUGGAAUAAAACAUGAGUCUUGAGUGACCACUCGUGUUUGGGUACCAUGUUCUCCCUCUGUAUGCAAACACUUACUGCAUCACUUCUGUUACUACCUCUGUUCUAAUCACCUCUGUUCCUGUGGCCAUGUUCAGCCACACACCGUGUUUCACACAGUCCUACUUAUGUUUUAUGGAUUUCACAUUCUUAUCGCGGAAAUGAUUACAUGCGUCUUCUUAUGGAGAGGACACAAUCACCUAGGCGGUCCUUGGUUGUGGCAGGGGACACGUCUGUGUUCACACGACAAAACAUAUGUGGACAAAUGCAUCCCAGGCCAUAAAGGUAUAAAUUCAAAUUGUUCUGUGGGUUCCUAGUGAGCUAUAUUCAUCUAAAUAGUGCGGGCCCUUGCCAUGGAUGCUGUCAUAUUGGCAUGAACAACUCAGAGGAAGAGGUGCUUUGGGCAGUGACAACAGCACAUCUGCUGCUACAGAGCACUGAAACCUAAACAUUUCCAUCAUUAAGAAUAACCUACCUCUAAUUACUACAUCAUUUGAG